AUGGCUUCCAGUUCUUUGACAAAACCUCAGAUGCGUGGCCUUCUGGCCAAGCGUCUGCGUUUUCAUAUUGUUGGAGCAAUCAUUGUCUCCUUGGGAGCUGCAACUUUCUAUAAGUUUGCUGUGGCUGAACCAAGAAAGAAGGCAUAUGCAGAUUUCUACAGAAAUUAUGAUUCCAUAAAAGAUUUUGAGGAGAUGAGGAAAGCUGGUAUCUUUCAGAGUGCAAAGUGA